UGGUGGGUAGUUCCACGAAAUAGGUUUUCAGAAAUCGACGUUUGUCUGCUUUUAGAAAACGUACGCAAGUCGACCUACAGUACAGAGAGCGUGUAUGUCGGCUGUAGGCUAUCAACUCGUGUGGCUUUACGUCCGGCAAAGAUAACAGAUUCUUCACCGCAACAGAGAAAAAUGGUACAAAUCAGAUUGAUUGUCUCCCUUGCAUUUCUGCCUUAUCUGAGUAUGGCUUUAGAGAACUCCAACAAUCAUAUGUAUGGCGACUGCCUUCACUCCAAAGGACCCAGAUUUAGCCCAAGUCCUCAGUGGCCAGAUAGUCCACACAUGGCAGGGGCCAGCAUGUUAGUGUUUAGGUGUACAGUCAAUACAACAUUGACUCCAAGCUUCAACGUAACAUGGACUAAAGAUGGAGAAGUGAUCCAGCCUUCGGACCAUGCUCGUUUUGAAAUGGAAAACCAGGUUCUGAACAUCUGGCCACCUUUGAUCAAUUCUGACCAGGGAUUGUAUGCUUGCACUGUCAGGGAUGGUGUCGGCCAAACGUGUACAUAUAGCAGAUAUGAAACUGUUGUCCCGGUUACUCCUGCAGACGCACCAAGUAUCGUGGGGACAUCUCCAGUGAACGGGGUCAAGGCCGUUUCUCUGGGAGACAGCACCCAGAUUAGCUGUACAAUGACAAUAGGUUCAUCACUGUGGGAGCUGGGACGAUGGUGGAAACGAAAUGGAACCAAAUUGAAUGACACUUCUCACUACACUUGGGACAAUUUGAGCCAUGAGAAUGGCAGGAGGGAACUGAUUCUAAACAUCACCAAUGUGACAAGUGAAGACUUUGGUGAAUAUACAUGUGUGGCAGAAAAUAGUUACGGUACAGAUAAUAGGACGAUCACCUUACAGCAAUACCAGCCAGAUGCUGGGGAGGUGUUGUCGACAUGGCAGAUCGCUGUGAUAGCAGCCGGUGGAGGUUUAGUCAUUGUCCUGCUGGUCGUCGUCAUGGUAAUCAGAGUAAAAUGUAGGAAGGACGCGGUGGAUUGGCCACUUCUGGAUCCAGAGAAUUAUGAUGUACCUGGCUAUCAACUGGAGUACGACGUUUUCAUUUCCUACAGCAGUGAAGAUGAAGAGUGGGUGAAAUCUAAACUCUUCACGGAGCUUCUCAACAUGGGCUAUAAUGUCAACAUAGAUUUCAAAGACUUUGUACCAGGGAUGGCCAUUGCAGAAAAUGUCAUGGAUUCCAUCUAUAAAAGCCGCAAGACCAUCGUCCUGAUGUCUAAAAAUUUCCUCAGAUCCAUGUGGGGGCAGUUUGAACUACAACAGGCACACAACAAAGCUAUUGCACAGAGAAAGGAUGUGCUGAUUCUUAUCAAAUAUGACAAGUGUAAGGUUCCAGGGAAGUUAAUGGGGAAAACAUUCCUGGACUGGACUGAUACAUCUAUACAACCACACUUCUGGCAGCGACUGCAGGAUGCAAUCGGAGACCCUGUCAACUAUGCAGAAAUUAAUCAGCGUCCUGUUCCGGCAGACCAACUUCCUGUUCCGGCAGACCAACUUCCUGUUCCUGAAGACCAACUUCCUGUUCCUGCAGACCAACUUCCUGUGACGAAGCAGGAUAACAAAAACACUGAUGAAGUAAAAGUUGACAAAGAAAACAAGAAAAAUUUAGAAAAUAAUGAAGAAAACGUUCAUAUGAGACAAAAAAAGAAAAGACAGAAAAUGGAAGAGUGUGAUCAGAUGAAUGAGGAGGACAUGGAAGGAAUGAGGAUGAGCCAGGAGGAAAGGAUGCAGCUGAUUAUCUAACUGUGAAAGGAUUAUCCUAUAAGUUAGGAGUUUAUAUUAUCUUAUAUUGACAGUUUCCAGAGAACUUUGUCUGAGAACCAGACCCCAUUCUCAUCAGUGUCCCAAAUUGAAGGAAAUUUUCCAUAGGAAUUAAGGCACUAUACAGAAUUUAAAAUUUUGAAGCUUAGGAAUUUCAUUAAGGAAUAUUGAUGAAAUUCAAUCCAGAUCCCGUUAGUAAGAGCAAGAGCUAAUUACAAAGAUUAAUUUUUGUACAUGUUCAUAUUAAUUUCCUCUUUUUUUCAUAUUUUUAUGAUAUUUUAAUGAUUUUGAUGGAGAGAAAAUAUUUGAGAAAAGCAAAGGUCCAAGUCAAAAGUCCAGGUCAAUUGAAAUUUAGUAAUAGUAUAUUUCAAAUAAUUAAAACAGUUUGACACUGUUAAUAUCAUAGGGAUCAAAAAAGAUAUCAACUGAACUAAGGUCAAGGUCGCAGCAAAUAAACAAAAACUCAUUUCAACAAUGUUCUAGGUCGUUUGUUAUCAGGUCAAUGUCAAAGAUGUUGGUGUAGAAAAGACGUUAUUGUUAUGAAACAAAGUUGGUUGGUAUUAUAAUGAUAAUCCACCGACUUUCAUAAUUUCAAAUGUUAUUACCAUAAACAUGUUUAGGUGAUGUAGUUGUUGAUGUUUUUAUUUCAAUAUUAUUUUUGGAUUUAUUUCUUUAGAAACUGUUUUAACAACAUGUAAUUGAAUAAAUAAUGCUGUUUUGUCCGUAGUGUUACUAACAUUUCCUGUUUAAUAAAUUGUACUGAUAUAUUCAUGCAGUAACAUACGUCACAUAGAUAUUUAUUGUCACAUACAUAAUGUGUCUUAAUGCUAACAUUAGUCUUACGUCAAUGUAUUACAAAUACAGAACUUACAAAAUAAAGUGUAACUUCUUUAUCUUGAACUUGAAGACCCUGCUUAGCUCGAAGUAAAAAAUUCAGUCCCCACAUUAAAGAAUCUAUAUAACAUAUACUUGGUUAUCUUGAAGUUUUUUCAUGACCCCACUGACGUCGAAAUAACAAGAUUUGACUAUAAUGAACUUAAUGAAACAGGUUUUUCCCUGUAGUUUUGUUAUCCAGAGUCCCAAGGGCUCUCGGAUGUGAAAAUUCAGAGUCCCAUUUUGAAAUCCAGAAGUUCAUUUACAUUUUAAAAUUGACAAAAUCAUGGUAAAGCAGUUCCAGCACCCAAAUUGGUCAUCAGGCAUUAAGUAAUAAAA